GCAAUAUUCCGACAUACCAUUCAAACUAGCGUGCGACUACGUGACUGUCAGACGCUGUACACGUCACCCAAAAAGUUACUUACCAAAAUGAUUUGCUGUCACGUGCUAAUAUUUUUUUUUGCCACUCUUGCAAUCUCUAAAAGUGAUGAUCUUCCAGAUUUUUACACGUUUACCGUUCAGGAUAUAGAAGGCGAAGAAGUGUCAUUGGAGGAAUAUCGAGGAAAGGUUUCUUUGGUAGUCAAUGUUGCUAGUCUGUGUGGAUACACCGAUUCCAGCUACAGAGCAUUGAAGCGACUCCAAGACAUUCUUAGCUACAACCAAAAAUUCAAUGUCCUUGCAUUUCCUUGUAAUCAGUUUGGAGAACAAGAACCUCACGAAGAUGAAGUAAUUUUAAAUUUUGCAAAAACUAACUAUGCUGUUGAGUUUCCGAUGUUCUCCAAAAUCGAUGUCAUUGGAGAAAAUGCUCAUCCUGCUUUCAAGAAUCUCAUAAAUCAGUCAUCUGUUCACCCUGAUUGGAACUUUUAUAAAUAUUUGGUUGAUCAUAAUGGAAGAGUGUUGAAGGCAUGGAGUACUAAAACAACCGUUGAAGAAAUUUUUGAUAGUUGUAAGGCAGCUCUUGAUUCUAUUCCUGAAGCAUCUGUUCCAACAGAUCAAGGCGAGUCUUCCGAUGUGCCGUUGUCACAGGCCGAUGUUGUCUCUAAAGAUGAACUGUAAUGUAAUUGUCAGUUCAUUUGGUUAACGAUAUUGGGGCAAUAUAUGUACACAUUCAAAUGA